CAUACAACCAACAAAAGAAGAACUGCAGAGGCUCGAAGACGAGCAAAAGAGGCGUAGCACUUCACUUCAGUUCUGAGAGAGGAGAAUUAUUGACGUGAGCAUCUGGCGUAAAAAAGGGGCGGGGCGAGCAGUGAUGUCAAUCAUGUUUUGUUGAUGUACAUACUCGCGGUCUCAUCACACGCGAAGCCUCUGCUCCAGGUGAACGCAAAGUGCGGAGGAUAACGUAAGCAAGUCUCGUUCAGAUUGUGUGUGUCCAUGCAUGUGUGAGGUGUUCUGGGGUCAGGAUGGAUGUGGAGGAGACCGGAACAGGUCAGAUUGAGGCAGCGGCCCAAGAGGAAGAGGCACCAGCUCCCAAACGCAGCAGAGGACGACCUCGCAAACAACCACAGGAGCCAGUUGAACCCUCAGCUCCCAGGAGGCCAAGAGGAAGGCCGAGAGGCAGUAAAAAUAAAGGCCAGCGGGUCACAGCCAAAGUAGAGCCACCUAGAGAACGAAGACCUCGAGGUAGACCACGAAAAUGGCCUCAGAAGACCAUUCAUCAGGAAGAACAGCAGACUGCUCAUCCUGCGGAUCAAGGGGCGGAGUCAACGGAAGACCCGCCCACUCAGACCCCACCUGCUGCCUUACCAUCACAGGAGAGUGACUAAAACUACCUCACUGAUGACUUUUGAUACUGCGUCGGGGGUAAUUCUCCAUCUCAACUGCCUCCAUGUACACUGUAAAAAAUCUAAAUGUGCCAGUUCUCAAAUUGCUCCCAAAAUUGAGGGCUCAUCAGGGGCCCUUGACAAGAUCAGACAUACCCUUACUACAUUUUUAAUUUCAAAAGCGAUCCUAAAAUCUGUAAUCAUCACCAGACUUUUUUGUGGACACCUGUCUGCAAUUUACACUGCCAUUUUAAGAACUAAAAAUAUCAUCUUUUCAUUUAUCUUCAUUUUUUGGAUUCCUAAAGUCAACAAGAAAUCAAAUUUGAACUGGUUUGCUUUCUUUAAACACGUUUUGUUGCGCACAAUUAGGUGCCCAGAAACUGUAGUAUGUCUUAAAAGGCCCGUUCACACCAAGAACGAUAAGAAGACGAUGUUGUUCUCUUUAUUAUAAACACGCUGCAGAUUUGUUGAGCUCUUUAAAGCAGGAUGGAUUCUGAUUGGCUGUCAAUGUUUUUAUCGUUCAUCAGCUGGAAAAAAAAUCAUUCUGAAAGUGAUUCCAACGAUAUCGGUUCUCUGUUAUUGCUAUAGUUGUGGUGUGCGCGUAAUGCAAAUUUUAGAAGAGUACCCGCACCACCAAAUUUUUGUAAUGUUGUACAUGCAGGUCGCACAUGCUCAUUUAAUUUUUUUUGCAGUAAUUAGUUUAUCCACAAGGUGGCAACUGUGCCCUGGGGGCAUCGAUUCACAAGGUAGUCGAAGAAAAACUGCAUAAACAGAACAGACUGGUCAACAAAGUAUACUUUGGGCUUUAUAGUUAUCAUCCAUGGUGUGAACAGGCCUUUAUUCUAAUAAUAGCAACGCUCAAAAAAGACAACAAAAAACAUGAACUUGUUUUAUUCAAGACAUUUAUUUAAUGUUCAAGAUCUUGGGAUUUAAAAAUCAAUGCAUCACAAAAUCAUCUCAGUGUAUGAAUGAUGAUGCCUCAUGGGUUAUAUUAAGUUUUGUUUAAACAUGUACUUCUCAGGAUUCUGGAAAGUUUGAAAUUACUCAUUUUAAUGUUCAUUCCUCCACUUUAAUGAUUGAUCUUUUAAUGUAUAAUUUCUUUUUAUUGUUUUAUUUUAAUGUUUACAGUGGAAAGAAUAGAUUCCAUUGGGUCUGUUUACACCAAACAGGAAUAGUGACUUCAUCAGUGAUGUAAAUGUUCAACAACAAUCAUUAUAAUUGUAAUUCAGUACCUCAACACCAGAAACCUCAGAGAAUUUGUUUGCUCACUCUAGACAAUGGGUUAUUUGUCAUUUGUUACAGUGAAAUGCAUAUAUUGUCAAUGCAGUCUUUGGAACAGUAUAUCAUUUUGGCACUAUGUUUUCAUAAUUAGCUUAUUUUUAUAUAUUUUUACAUUUUACUGCUCUGAAUUGUGUUAUUGCGCUGAUAUGGGGGCGAUGUUUUAAAGCAUCUCCUAUUGACAAUACAGUUGUGUUCAAUGCUCUUAAAAACAGGCAAAAUGGUUCUUAAAAUCUAGUUUGAGAAAUAAUCUUUUUCUUAUGAGGAUUUUUUUUUUUUUUAUUUGAAGCCAAGCAAGCAUUGUUCAAAUGCCUCAUGGUGAACUAUUUGACAAUGUGCCUCUUAAAUACAGGCUCAGGUAACUUUCUUACCUCUUUUCUACAUCCUUCAAAGGCCAGUAAUGCUGUUUAUGCAGCCGUAUGUUCAUGAAUAAAGUUACUGAUCAUCCAUCA